UGGUUGUAGCUGUUGUAGUAGUAGUUACUAAAGAGUAGAUGGUGUCCGGUCUUCUAUUACUGAGAGCAGCGUCGGUAUUCAAUGUACGGAAGAGGCGUCGGUGGCGCUCGCUUGAGCGGGAUGACGUCAGACCAACCGCAGAAAAGCAGACGGAGACCAGAUAUGCAUCCCGAUACGGCCUGUUCGCAGAAUAAGCAGUGGCAUAAGAGCAGCUGCUGUUCAUAUUGCGUUGAAUAGAGUCUGAGUAGAGAAUCCGAGCACAGGCAGCCAGAGAAAGAAGAGGGAAAGAGAGAGAGAGAACUUCCCGAAAGAGUAAUAAAGUCCAGGAAGCGAGCGGCGAGGAAGGGUCUGAGCGGAGGAAGGAAGAAAGAAGGAAAACGGCCCGGAGGAGGAUGAGCAUAAAACCUCCUUCUCUUCUUCUUCUUCUUCAUUAUUCACUAUAUUCAUUGAUACUACUGCUACUUCUAUCAUGUCCGACAACUCCACAGCAACUGUCCUCGGCACCAUCGGCACCGUGCUCUGGUGCAUCCAACUCCUUCCCCAAAUCUACCAAAACUACCGUCGCAAGUCCACCGACGGCCUGCCAACUUCCAUGAUGCUGCUCUGGGCCGCAGCAGGCGUCUUCUUCGGCAUGUACUUCAUCGCGCAGUCCUCCAACACCGCGCUCCAGGUCCAGCCCCAGAUCUUCACCGCGCUCUGCUUGUUCACCUGGUGCCAGUGUCUCUACUACGCGCACCGCUUCCCCGUCUGGAAAGCCGCGGUCGCGUACCUCGCCGCCGCCGCCGUCUGCGCCGGUCUGCAAGUCGCGGCCGCGGUCCCGAUCCGCGACUCGGACCUCUACAAAUCCAACCCAUCCCCCUACUGCUGGCCGAUCCUCAUGAUCGGCGUCUUCGCCGCGCUCUGUCUCAUCGGCGGGCUUAUCCCUCCCUACUUUGAGCUCGCAAAGCAGCACGGCCGCGUCGUCGGCCUGUCGCUCAUCUUUCUCUGCAUCGACUCCUCCGGCGCGAUCUUCUCGUUCGCGUCGCUGUGGUUUCCGCAGACAAAGGCGGACGGCGAGGAGGAGGAUCGGGAUUAUCUCGGCAUGGUACUUUAUCUCAUCGUGCCGGCUAUGGAAUUCGGCAUCGUGCUCUCGCAUUUUACCUGGUGGUUCAGAUACGGACGGCAUGGGCUCUACAAUGACGACCAGGAGUCUGUCGAAGAGAAGGAGAAGGAGCUAGAACUGAGCUCGCAGUCGUCGUUGUCGCGGAUCGAGUCGCGGACUACCGCUCGUUCUUCUACUGAUGCUGCUGAUUCUGUCUAAAGAUUUGUAUAUAUAAAGGCGUUGGGGUAAAUACUGAUGAGGCGUUGGUCAUUCAAAAGUUUUUGUUUCUUUAUUUUGCAUAUUGUAUAUUACUCAAGCA